GCCUGCAUGCUCGCAGCCCCAGCCCGGGGCGGCCGAGGCGGCUGCCAGACGCGAAGAGGAGCGCGGAGCCCGCCCGGGACGGCACGGUGGUGACUGUCUGGAGCCGAGCGCGUCGCUAAGACGAGGACCUGCCUGUUUUGAAUCUCCCGGCGUCCUGUCGAGCCGCACGGGGGCUGGGCGUUUUCUAACCCAACUCGAGGAUUCGAACGUGGCUCCGCUCCGAGCGCAGCGGCCGGUGACUCUCAGGACUCCAGCCCUGGCCGCGGCCGCCGCGCGCGCCCUCGCAGGACUCGGUGCGGUGGAGGAUCGGGGGCUUUGGGGGGGGGGUCUCCGGAGAACCCGUUCGGGAUUCGCUGUGAAUCAUGGAGGAGAAUGACCCCAAGCCCAGCGAAGCGGCAGCGGCGACAGAGGGACAGCGGCAGCCGGACUCCAGCCCCGGCGGCGGCAGCCCCAGCGACUCAGACACCGGCCGCCGACGCGCGUUGAUGCUGCCUGCUGUCCUGCAGGCGCCGGGCAACCACCAGCACCCUCACCGAAUCACCAACUUCUUCAUCGACAACAUCCUGCGGCCCGAGUUCGGUCGGCGGAAGGACGCAGGGACGUGCUGCGCGGGCGCCGGCGGAGGACGAGGCUGCGCGGCUGGCGGCGAAGGCGGCGCGGGCGGAGCCGAGGGAGGAGGCGCGGGCGGCGCUGAGCAGCUUCUGGGGCCGGGCUCCAGGGAGGCCAGGCAAAACCCGCCGUGCGCGCCCGGUGCGGGAGGGCCAUUACCCGCCGGCGGCGGUGACUCUCCGGGCGACGGGGAAGGUGGCUCCAAGACGCUUUCGCUGCACAGUGGUGCCAAGAAAGGCAGCGACCCCGGGGGCCCCCUGGACGGGGCACUCAAGGCCCGCGGCUUGGGCGGCGGCGACCUGUCUGUGAGCUCGGACUCGGACAGCUCGCAGGCCAGCGCCACCCUGGGCGCGCAGCCCAUGCUCUGGCCGGCCUGGGUCUACUGCACGCGCUACUCAGACCGGCCUUCUUCAGGUCCCAGGUCCCGAAAACCAAAGAAGAAGAACCCCAACAAAGAGGACAAGCGGCCUCGCACAGCCUUCACCGCCGAACAGCUGCAGAGGCUGAAAGCGGAGUUCCAGACCAACAGGUACCUGACGGAGCAGCGGCGCCAGAGCCUGGCCCAGGAGCUCAGCCUCAACGAGUCCCAGAUCAAGAUCUGGUUCCAGAACAAGCGCGCCAAGAUCAAGAAGGCCACGGGCAACAAGAACACGCUGGCCGUGCACCUCAUGGCCCAGGGCCUGUACAACCACUCCACCACGGCGAAGGAGGGCAAGUCGGACAGCGAGUAGAGUAGGAGGGGUGGCGAGGCCUGUGGGCUGGCCAAACAAUGCAAUAAUUUAAAAUCAUAAAGGGCCAGUGUAUAAAGGUGAUACCAGCAUUAACCGUGACAAUAUUGUGUAUUAGCUAUGGUUCUGCAAUAUUCUAUGUAUAUAGAACUUACAGGUGUUGUAAAAUCCAAAAUAUUGGACUAUAAAAUAUUUUUUUGCUUUUUUUGUGUUUAGGAGAUUAUGCUAAUUUUAUGAUUUUUUGUUGUUGUUGUUGUUGUUUUGCAAAAGGGGCUGCUUAGGGUCUCAUCUUUCUUAAUCCCCUAAGCUCCAUUAUGGGACAUUGGACAUUUGUUAUUAUUAUUAUUUCAAAAGAAAAAAAUUAAAACAACUUGCUAAAGUCCAAAGAUUUUUAUUGCUGCAUCUCACACGACUGUGAACAGAAUAAAUAGCUCCUAUCUGGUCUAUGAGUUUUGCCACUUUGUUUGUGUUGGCUUGGAUGGGACAGCAGAGUCCCAAACCCAGAGCCUGGAGCCUGGGCCUUCAGGAGCUCGGAGGCCCUGGCACCAAUAGGGGACUCUUGAAGGGUCCUUGGCUGAGUUCUGGUCUCAGCCUGGGAAGCCGCCUCUCAGUGAUAACAGGGCCUGUCUUGGGAAGUGGGCCUCUUGCCGCCCUCUGGCCCAGCUCUGUAGCCUCCCCAGCCCCUCUCCUCUCCUUUCACCUCCUGCUGUCCCAUCCCUCAGCCUCCUCUAGGCCUGGUCCAUGCUUCCCUUACGUACUUCUGUCCACGUCUGUGUUGCUGUGCCCUGUUCCUGAUGACCUGCCAGAGCCAGCUCUCCUGUGGAGGCACUGGAGUGAAGGGCUAGGGUGUGUAGCCCAAGACUGGGGCAUCCCUCCUCCUCCAGGCCGCAGCUAGCUGGCCCAGAAACCCAACAAGGUCUUUGCCAAAGGAUGGGCAGAAGGAGUUGGCAUUAUGUUCCUUUCCUUUUCCUUUUUUCUUUUUUUUCCCCCUUUUCAUUUUUUCUAGAGUGGCCACUUUUGCUGUUCUUCUCAGAUAAAUAUAUGUGUGUACAUAUUUGUUUAAGCUUUUGCACAUACAUGCCAGGUGUGCAUCAGGCCACAGUUCUGGAACUUGUGGCUACCUUGACUCUCAAAGAAACUCAGACCCCUUCGGUAUCUAGAAAGAAGAAAAAGUGUAAAAAAUUAUUUCUUAUCACUUUUUGUCUUUUCUUGUUUUUUUAAGAAAAUGUACAUUUUAUUUUUCAAAGGUGUGGUACAGUGUAAAUUAAAUAUAUUCAAUAUAUUCCCCACCAAGUACAUAUAUAUAUAUAUAUAUAUAUAUAUAUAUAUAUGAACAAACACAUUAUAUAUAACACCACAUUGUCUUCUGUUUAGUGUCCAUAAAAGGUGUCCAAAUGUUCAUCAAGGCCAGAAUUGGGCUGCCCAGGGAAUUUGCCCACGGCCCAGCUGAGCACUGCGGGCGGCAGCGGACUUCUCUCUUUGCCUUAAAGUCUUUAUUUCACUUCGAUAAUAGUUUCACUUUGUACAUAACAGUGUCAACCUUUUUGAAAAGGAAACUAUAAAAACAAACGUUGUAAUUUAAAAGUGUGUGAAUAACCAUCUGCUGCUUAGGAAACUCAAUGAAAUGACAGGCCUUUUUAGCAGGAAGCAAAUUUCUUCUUUUUUUUUUAGUUUAGUUUAUAAAACGUGCGUUUUACAGUUGGAGUAUCAAAUAUUUAUAAUCUUAUGAGAAAUGAAUGUUUCUAUUUACAACUGUGGUUAUCAAAAUUGUGAACAUUCCAACCCCCACCCCCACCCCAUGCGCAUUUUUGUGUGUUUAACUUCUUUGAAAGUUACAAUAAAUAAAAAGAAACUCCUCUUUA